AAAACAAAAACGACAAAAACAACACUCAAAUUCUCCGACAUCUGUGUCAGGAGCUAAAAUGAGUUUUCGAUUUGAGCUUUUUUUCUCCUUCUCUGAAGUAAGUCAAAGGGUGCAUCGCAGUCUAUCUAGUCCAGCUGUUCGUGGGCUUGGUGGAUCCAGUGCUGCCAAUGAUGCACUGUCUCUAUCCUUCCUUUUCUCUCUGUUUUACUUUUCAAUUUCUCGGGGAAGUUUUCGACUGUUUGGUUGGUCGGAAAAUGGAAAAAAGGUAGCGGAAUUCGAAGGUGGAUUAGGUAAAGAAAGAGACUCUGAAGAGAAAGUGGCAAAUUGGGUGGUGGCUGAAACCUGAAAGCCUGAAAUGCACCGUUCCUCUCUCUCUCUCUCUCUCUCUGGUUUCCUUUAGGAAUUUUCUUGGGAAAGUUUUGCAGUGUUUGGCUGGUCGGAAAACGAAGGAAUCCGAGGUGGGUCAGGCAAAGACAGAAACUUUGGAGAAAACGGCAUGAUGGGUGGGGACUGAAAUGGGUUAUAACGUUUCAUAGUUUAGUUAAGAAAUUUCUCAUAUUUUCUGCUCUGAACGAAGGUAGAAGAAGAUUGAAAGGUAGGUAGCAUAUUAUAUGUUUUACUUUUUCUUUCUUUUACUAGUCCAAGAAGGUUUUAUCUGGGAUCUGAGAUAGAUCUUUGUUAUUUUCUUCAUGAAUCUUCUAUAGAGAGAUGGAACCCAGGUGAGAUAUUCACUUUACUUUUAUUUAUUCCUCUGUGCUGGAUCCAAUCAGAGCUAGUGGACAAAAACAUUGAUAGGGAAUUUAAAAUUGUGGGUUUUCUUCCUCCAAAUAAUUUAAAACUUGGGUUUGUAAUUUUGUUGCGAAAAGUUUUCAAAGUUCCCAACUUUUCUCUUGUCCUUUCUAUACUUCCAGAAACUGUCCUUGGAUUCUCUUCUUCUUCUCUUGGUUAGCCAAAUUCUCUUUACUUAUAAUAAAGAAAAAGUCAGGCAGUACCUUCUUUUUGGUACUCCCUAUAUUCUCAUUGCUUCAUAGAGGAAAGAAACUGAUAUUUCUUUAAUUAACAAAAUGUGAGAUUAGAAGCUUAAGUUUAAUCUAAACCCUUUUUAUAUUGUUUGAGUUCUUGGUAAACGCUUCCUUGGCCAUUUUUUUAUGAGCAAAUUGAUUUUAGUAUAGCAGUAAAAGAUUCCUUCAACGUUAUGGGAAAACUGGGUUUUGGUUAUAGAAUCUUACUAUAAUUCCGUUGAUAUUAAAAAUAUUACAGCCUCUUGUGAACAGUGCCUUCUUACCCAUCCUGUUUUUCGAUUGAGCUUUAUCCUCUGUAACUGGGCUACUCCAAAAGAUUACUUUUCUGACCUUCUUAUACGUUAAUCCGCAAUUGAUUUUCUCCAUUAAUCUUGUUGAAAAUUGUGUUGAACUUUUGAGUUCAUUUUUGCUUAUUUUUGUUCAAUUCAGUUUGCCAAUUUCACUAUUGCUUCCCCCCCCCUUCCUUGACACGAUGAGCAAGUUAUCCAUGUUGCUUGCUAAACCAGUUGUUCUUAUUUACUGAUCGUCAGGUUGCAGCAGAAUCUGACCUGUGUUUGCUUGAAAUCUGAAAAUACCUCUGGCUGGAGCCCAGAAAAUUUUCCAUGUGUUAAACCUAUUAAGCAUGAAAUUAGAUGGUGAACUGGCCUUCUACCAUUCAAAUGUUGGUGAGCCUGAAUGUCAAUCAUUUGAAUUUUAUGUCAAUGAUCCGUACUCUGCUCGAUGCAGAUUGGAAGACCAUGAAGCCAAGGAAAAUGGGAAAAGGGUUCCAUUUGAUUUAGAGGAGAACAAGGGGAAAUUAGAUCCAUUACCGAAUCAGAUGGAGGCGAUGAAUGGUUUGACUUCUCAAAAACUUGAUUCUCACACGAGCAUGAUUGAUCUUAAAAAUGAAGGUGAAGAAAAGGUCAAGGACUCGAUCGAGGCUAUCUCACAUUCUCAGCAGGAUAUAGAAUUGCAUACAGAAUCCCCUAGUGAUCCAUGUCCUGAUUUUGCACAAGAUAUUGAAUCAGUCAAGAGUUUGGAUCUUCCAGAAGAGGUUGCUUCAUCAAAAAAUCCGCCGGAUAUUUUAUGGACAAAAGUGUUACUGAAUGUGAACCAGACUUGGUAGUUGUUUAUAAAGAAAGCGAUGAACAUGUUAUCAAGGAUAUCUGUGUUGAUGAAGGAAUCCUGGCUGAGAAAAAGAUUUUGUUAGAGAAUACAAAUGAAGAGGCUGCUUAUAAAUUCUCAUCCUCAGAGGAUCACAGAAGCGAAAAAUUGGCAAAAAACAUUGUGCAGCUGAUGUACCAUUUCCUGUUUUCCUAGAUUUGCCUGCAAUGACAGAGGAAACUGAUAAAGUUUCUACUAAUUGUUAUAAACUCGAGGAUUUGAUGCUAAAGGAUGAUGAUGAAACCAGAAAAUUUGCUAAAGAUGUUGAUAAAGAGAUGCUGUUAGCUGGAUACAAAGUUUUAUUGCAAGAUUUGGAUGAAGAACAGUUGACGCCUUUGAUUCAGGAGGGCGACAAGGCUGAACAAAACCAUCCACAGGUUUCUAGUGAGCCUGAAUUGCCCUCCAAACCUAAGCAAACUGAAGAUGAGGUUGAGGAAACUGUCCCAACCUUGUCUGCUAUAGCAGCAGAAGAAUCAAAUGGUAAUGUCAGCAAUGCUGACAUACCAGAGAAUGUUGGCGUCACUUCUCAGUUUGAUUCUCCGGUCCCUACAGCUGGUGCCAAAGAGGAAUUCGACCAAGUCGAAGACUUUAAACACGAUGACACUCAAAAUUCAUCGGAGGCCGUAGGUGUGAAGUCUGAUGAUCAGGCUGUUGUAACAAGUCAUGUUCGUCACAGCUUGGGUGAAACAAGUUUCUCAGCUGUAGGUCGUGUAUCGAGCCGAAUAACUUACGUGGAUCCCGUGUCUUAUUCUGGCAGCAUCUCUCUUAGAUCAGAUAGCAGCGCGACUAGCACGCGGUCCUUUGCCUUUCCAGUACUUCAAUCUGAAUGGAAUAGCAGCCCAGUAAGAAUGGCAAAAGCCGACCGGAGACGCUACCGGAAGCGCCGUGGUUGGAGGCAGGGCCUUCUAUGUUGUAGAUUCUGAAUGCUUUCUCUUCUCUUCUUUGUUUUUAAAUAGGUUUAGAUUGAUAAAAAUAUAUAUCGUUUAAAUUUUACCUGAGCUUCACAAAAUUAAAUUCUAUCUGUCAGGCUGUUCUACAAUUUGUACUAGGUUUAGGAUGAUGCCAAGUUAGUGCUCCUGCAAGCAAAGUCUUUGUUCUCUCUUGCUUGCGGUACUGUGAUCCAUCCCUUUCCCUCACAUUCUAUACAUGUCAUUAUCAAUAUUAACUUCCAUUACCAUUGAAAUAAAUCAUAAUAUACAUCUUUGUUUAUUUAUCA